UACGAGACUCAACUUUUACCACUAAUCUUUCCAGUGUAUCAGGGAGACCACCCUCUGAUCUCCAUCAUCAGUCCACCAUGGGCCAGACCAGUAGCAAACCCUCCUCCAACCCCUUCCAGAACUCCCAAUUGUUCUCCUUUAAGAACCGCUCCACAAGCCGCCCCUCCAAUGAUCAGAACACGCCCCCUCGACUGAGCAUCUUCUCCACACUGAGGCCCCCCGUUGUCAAACCCAACAAUUUCAUACCUCUAUUCAACGACUGCAUCUCUGCCGCCUCAUCCAGAACUCAAGAGUACCUCCUCUUCAAAGACCCAGAGGACAAGUUCCACCCGAGCCCUGAGGUGCUCACUCAGGUCUUCCUGAUGACAUACAUCUCUCAGAGCGUCAGCCUGAACAUCACAGACUCCUUCAACUGCACGGCCAUGACGCCCGAGCAGCGCAUCCUCCUGGGGGCCGACUGGGUCUGGGCUGUGCUGGAGAAGCCCACCAAGAACCCUCAGAUCCAGAUCGCCGUGCAGGUCCUUCACCUGCACGACAAGGAGGAAGCCGAGGAGGACGGCAUCCCCUCGGAUGCCCGAAGUGAGUCUGUCCAGAUUGCCCAGGAGUCCAGCAACAAGACCAUGUACGAGAGGAUAGUGGACUUCUGCACCUCCAUCGGCAAGGACUGCUACGCCCUCUUCUUGUUCUUGGGGAAGAAGAGCGACAAGGGCAAUAUCUACGGCGUCCUCAGCAACAACUUUGAGGCUGCCAUCGGGAAGUGUGAUCAGAUUGACAGAGCUUUUAUCGAGAACUUCUUCAAAGGCUCGAGGUAUCUCUAUACACCUUCAGGAAUGAUGCAGGCCAUUGUCACCAAGAAAGAGGGAGACUCUCUCACUCUCAUGAUUAAAUUCAGCUGAACCAGAGGGACUCGUAAUAUUUAAUGGCCAAUAACUGGAUUUAGUAAUAAAACUUGAUGUGGUAGAAAUUGGUGGUUUCUUGGUGCAUCUCUGUAGGAACAACCUCCAGACCUACGAAGAUGUUGAGUUUGUUAAAGUCGUAGGAAAAGAUUCUGGUUAUUUUCUAUCUAUCCCAGGUGUUGAUGGUGCUUCUCACAAGAAUUGUAAAGAUUUCUGCUUUUUACUUGGAGUCCUGUUUUCUAACAUCUUAAUCUAGUCAAACACGUCACCUUAAAACACGUCAUUCAAAAACAAGUCCAAACAUCUCUAAAGCUCUAAAAAGAGCUGCACAUUUCAUCAUACCAUUUCUAAACUAGCAGAACACGGUGCUCAGGCUUUAGAGGGUAACUGGAGAGCUAGACAGUGUGUGAAUGUGUUUUAAUCAGUUGUCUUUAUUUUCCUGUGAUAUACUGACAGUGGGCUUUUUACUGAGAACUACACAACAUGAUGGCAAAACAAGGAAAAUGAUACCCAAAGUUGAGAAUAAG